UUGUACUUUGUACAGCUGGGCUAGUGGGCUUGACGGCCAGGGACAAAGCCGUGAGCGUCGGACAGGCGCAGGUGCAGCCGGGGGUAGGGUAGCCUCAUGGGAAGAAAAUGCUGAGAUCAAGGCUGAAACUGAAAGUUGCGGCUGCCUGUCAGAAAUGGAGUGGGAGUGCUGGUGGGGUCCAUCCUCUCCGUCUACACGAGGAAAGGCGUAUGAGCAGCGGCGGAGCAACCGUGAUGAGCUUUGGAGAUGGCAGCCAGGGCGCUCUGGGCUUGCCUUCUUCCAAAAUAGGUAUUGGAGUAGACGCAUACGAGCCUACCCGCGUUCCGGGUCUACCUUCAGAUAUCGUUAGCCUAAGCGCCGGGCACUAUCACUCCCUCGCCGUCACUUCUCACGGCCACCUCUGGGCUUGGGGCAGAAACAGCGAAGUUCAGCUUGGACAUGAUAUUUCCCCUCGGGAAUCGUGGAACGAGCCAAAAAAAGUAUUGGGGUUAGAACAGGUAAACGUGUGUGCUGCAUUUGCAUCUGGCGUUGUGUCUGCAGCUAUUGGUGAUGAUGGUUCUUUGUGGGUGUGGGGAAAGUCUAAACGUGGCCAAUUAGGUCUUGGGAAAGAUAUCAUCAAGGCUGUUGCACCUGCCAAAGUUCAGGCUCUUGCAGGAGAAAAAGUGGUUAAGGUAUCAUUUGGUUGGGGUCAUGCUCUUGCCCAGACUGUGGAUGGAAAGUUAUUUGGCUGGGGCUAUUCAGCUGAUGGUAGACUAGGAAAAAUGGGAGGCUUGGAGAGAUCCCCACUGGAUUCCAAUGAUGACAUCUUUAAAAAUACACAACAACUUUCGAGCUCAGAUCUGGAAGUUGCUGAAAAGCGAGUUUUAGAAGCAAUGGAGAGAGAGAAUAACAUGCCAAUAAUAUGGGAACCUUGCUUGGUGGAAGAACUUGGUGGCGUUGAAGUUGUAGACAUUGCAUGUGGGCUUGAUCACUCCCUAGUUCUUUGCUGUGACCAUACCAUAUUAAGUGGUGGAAGCAACAUAUAUGGACAGCUGGGCCGAGUGAGACAAGAUCUGGGAUUUUUUCCAGUUGACAUAAUAUUAUGCCCCAUUUCUAUAGCAUCAGGGCUAGGCCAUUCUCUGGCAAUAUGCCGAUUUGCUGCAUCAGAUGAUGCUAGUGAAGGAACUAGAAGCGUUGCUUCAUGGGGAUGGAACCAGAGUUGUCAACUUGGAAGGUCUGGGCCAGAGAACCUCCCAUCUUUGGUUGAGGCGUUAGAAGGAGAAAAUCCAAUCUCAGUGUCAGGAGGGCGAGCACAUUCCUUGGUUCUUACAUCAAAAGGAGACUUGUGGGUUUGGGGCUCCGGAAGGAAUGGCAGGCUAGGAUCAGGAAGCUCAAGUGACGAAACUGAGCCAUUUUAUCUUGAUUCCUUAGAAGGCUGUGAAGUUAAGCAGGCUGUGUCAGGAUUUGAUCAUAAUCUAGUUUUAGUUGCUGAAUGAUAAAAAUAGGUCUCCCGCGCCCCCAACCGCCAAAAUAAAAUAAAAAAAAAUUCUGUUCAUAUAAAACGAAUAUGUAUUUCCAAAUAAUAUGAAUUAGGUCCUGCGUUUACGUA